ACCUUUAUAGAUGCGCAAUACAAUGUUGCUGCAUGUACUUGCAUCUGUAAUUUAAAUUUAUUGCAAAACUAUCAAGACGGUGAAACUUUAGAAAGAAAUAAUUACUUAAGGUAUUUUAUAAUAUUUUAAGAUGUAUCAUUAUUAGUAUUGAUACCAUUUGUGUUUGUGUGAUAUGAAUACAAUAAUAAGUAAAUUAAUAAUAUGGAUAUAUUUUUUUUCUUUUUUUUAAUAGACAACACGUGAUGGUGCCACUAUCAUGGGCAUUAAGUAGAGCUUUAAGAUAUCGACCAUCAGAUCCAAAACAUUACAUAGCUCACCAAUUGUUACGUUGGAAAUACGGUAACGUUUCACAAAAGGAAAUGCACUAUGCUCAACAAUUUGUUAUUUCUGCUACUAUAACGAUGGAUCAGCGACUUCUGCAAGAACGCAAAAAGAAGGAAACGCUUAAAUAUCUAAAUGAAGCUGUAAAAGAUGUACCUUGCGACGUAUGUUUAGAACAACAAAAAUUAUAUCGCGUCAAAAAACGUUGUUCGAAAUGUACAAGAGUGUCUGCAUCGACACAUGGUAAGGAUAAAGUUUUUUUGUGAUUUAAAAAACAAUCAAAUUGAAGUCAACUGUUCUGAAGUCGAUUCUUGAAUAGGUAAAAUAAAUUUAUAAAAUUACAUUCAAAACAGAUAAGAAUCCUCAAAAUUUUGAAGAUUGUUAAAAUUUGGGUCAUCUUCUCCAAAAAUUAUUAAAUGGGACAAAAACGAGAAAUGUAAGUUUCUUAAAAAAUUCGUUUAUUUCAUAUUUGGACUUGUACAUUUGUCGCAAGUUUAUCAGAAUAUUUCAGUGCAGAAAUCGCACGAGAAUAUUAUGUGGAACGGAAUGGAAUGACAGUGACAUCACAAUAAAAGACGUCCAUAAUACAUCAUGGCAGUGAUCGGAGUUGUAAAUUUAUAAGGAUACUGAACCGCAUUCUUAACCUGCUUUCUUUUGUAUUUGUCGAGCAAACAUUUUUAAUAUCUACGUUAUGUGAGUUAUAUCAUUAAAAAGAAAAAUAUUAAAAUUAAAAAGAUACUAAAAAUGUAAAGACACACAUGUCAGAUAUCUGAACUUAAUAAAUGCUAAGUCGGCAAAAAUGCUUACAACUUCUACAGCUCUUUUGGAUCACUUUUUACAAAAUAUCUAAAAACUAAAAUUAAUCCAAUAUGCUUUAUACUUAUAUAGUCUAUUAUCAUAAUAAAAAUGAAUAUUCCACAUGUUGUAACGCAUGCAACAUGCCACAUAAAAAAA